UCCCCUCCCAUCGCGCCGCCGCCACCUCCUGUCCCCCUGCGCACCCGAAACCCUACCUUCCCCCAUCCCCCUUCCGGCGGCGACUGCGACGAUGGCGACGGCGGCGGCAGGCGGCGCCCCGCGGGCGCUCUCCCAGAAGGAGCAGGACAUCCAGAUGAUGCUGGCGGCCGACGUGCACCUGGGCACCAAGAACUGCGACUUCCAGAUGGAGCGCUACGUCUUCAAGCGCCGAACCGACGGUAUUUUUAUCAUCAACCUUGGCAAGACCUGGGAGAAGCUUCAGCUGGCUGCCAGAGUGAUUGUUGCGAUCGAGAACCCGCAGGACAUCAUUGUGCAGUCUGCUAGGCCUUAUGGUCAGAGGGCUGUCCUUAAGUUUGCACAGUACACUGGUGCUCAUGCCAUUGCUGGCAGGCACACUCCUGGUACAUUCACCAACCAGCUGCAAACCUCAUUCAGUGAGCCACGUCUUCUCAUCCUGACUGAUCCAAGGACUGAUCAUCAGCCCAUCAAGGAGUCUGCUCUUGGGAACAUCCCCACCAUUGCCUUCUGUGACACUGAUUCUCCCAUGCGAUAUGUUGAUAUUGGCAUUCCUGCAAACAACAAGGGAAAGCAGAGCAUUGGUUGCCUCUUCUGGUUGCUUGCAAGAAUGGUUCUGCAGAUGCGUGGCACAAUUCUCCCUGGACACAAGUGGGAAGUCAUGGUUGAUCUUUUCUUCUACAGGGAUCCAGAGGAAGCAAAGGAGCUGGAGGAAGAGGAGGCUCCCGUUGCUCCUGACUAUGCUGCAGUGGCUGAUUAUGGUGCUCCUGCAGCUGAUACCUGGGCAACUGAACAAUGGGGUGCUACAGAGGCUCAACCUGGUGCCCUCCCUGCUGCACCUGUUGGUGCUGAGUGGGGUGCUGCUCCAGCUCCUGCGGGUGCUGAUGGAUGGGAUCCUGCUGCUGCUGUCCCUCCUCCAGCUGCCGCUCCAGCUGCCACUGGUUGGGAAGAAGGCAGUGCCCCGGCCCCCACCGGCUGGCAGUAAGCGGUUUCCGCGUGGAUUGUCCUUCAUCAUCAACAGGAGGGAAGCAGAGUCACUUGACUUUAUGUUUGUGUCGGUAGAUCUGUUUUGAGUAGCUCUAGCUAUGUUGAUCAUGGUGUAAUGUUUAAUGCAAGUCAGUUUUGGAGGUUGACAUAGCUGGGCACUGCCAGUUUACUCUUUGUUGCCACCUUUCAUGGAUAGUGUUGCUGCAAGCGCAUUUUGCUAAUAUAUGCCUUUAGCACUGGCGUAAUUGUUUUGGUCUUCCACA